GAAGAGCAAAGGUCUGAUUUUACAAAAUUAACCUUAAUCGAUAGCGAUAUUUACUAUCCAAUGCCACCGAACUUCCUCUCUAUAAAGCCUCAAGUCCCCUGACUGUCCAAAGAACACUUGGAUUCAUAAACUCUUCAUUUCUCAGAAUUUUCAAAAAUAUUAAUUAAAUAAUAAAUCAAUCUCUCUCUCUCUCGCUCCGAUGGCGCGUCUUCUCUUCCGUCUUCUUGGAGAAACCGACUCUCCGCCUCCUCCUCCGCCGGACAGCUCCGCCUCGUUAAAUUCCGACCUCGUCGUCAUCCUCGCGGCUCUUCUCUGCGCCUUGAUAUGCGUCCUCGGCUUAAUCGCCGUAUCUCGAUGCGCCUGGCUCCGCCGUUUCACCGCCGCUGAUUCAUCCGGUCAGGCUCCUUCUCCUCCGCCGCAUCCAGCGGCGAACAAGGGGCUGAAAAAGAAGGUCCUCCGAUCCCUCCCGAAGCUGACGUACUCGCCGGAGUCUCCGGAAGCCGAGAAAUUCGCCGAGUGUGCGAUCUGUCUGACGGAGUUCACCGCCGGCGACGAGAUUAGGGUCCUGCCGCAGUGCGGCCACGGCUUCCACGUAUCGUGUAUCGACACGUGGCUUGGGUCCCACUCCUCGUGCCCCUCCUGCCGUCAGAUCUUGGUGGUUGGCAGGUGUCAGAAGUGUGGCGGGUUGCCCGGUAGCUCCCAUUCGUCCGGAUCCGGGUCCGAACACGAGACCCGGUUCAAGCACCAAGCAGACGAUCCCAACUUCUUGCCCUGAUUCUUUUUCUUUUUCACUUCGUCUAUUAUACAAAUGUGAUUUUUAAAAAUCGUCUUCCCCGUAAUUUCAGAGGGUAAGUUUAAUGUGUAAUGUACAUGUUUUAUUGUAAAGUUUUUAUGUGAUAAAUUCAAAUCGAUAGAUGAAAAAGUUCAAACGAUUUGUCUUGAAAACUCGCUUAGUUUAUGAAAAAUACAGCCCGCAAAUUCAUUUUUU